CGCUUUUUCUUUAUACUUCAUACUUUGCGUGUAAAGGUGUACGAUUCAAGAUGGCGAGGCCAACCGAACCGCAAAGCCAGAGCAAACCCGCACAACCACGCAACGAGCCUCAAAAGGCAGCAAAAGGAGGAAUUUCUCUCCUCGAGGUCAUCGGUCUCGCUGCAUUCGCCAUCCUCCCGCUCCUGAUACCAGCGCUCCGCUCCGGCACGGUGCAGCAGUGGCUCCCACUGUCGCUCCAAAGUUACCUCGCUCAUCCAGCGCCGAACGCGACGCAAGCAGCGGAAGAAAAUGCAGCACAGCCCUCACUGCUCGAGGCAUGUGCGUCGCACACGUACACCACGGAGAUCGUGUCUUUAGACCCCUUGGUGGUUUACAUCAAUAAUUUCACCUCGCACGCCGAGGCCGAGGCGCUGAUACAACUCGGCUCCGCAGACUUCCAAGACUCUUUCAUCUCGCGCUCGCGCGGCGGCACGCAGAAAGACCCGGGCCGCACCUCGCAGUCCGCACCGCUCCCACUCGAACACCCCCUUGUAUCCUGCAUCCUGGCCCGCGCCCGCACCUUCAUGGGCGCCAUGCUGCAGCCCGACGAGCCCUUCUCCAUCCCGCAGCUCGUGCGCUACUACGACUCGCAGCGCUACGACCUGCACACGGACUUCUGGCCGCAGCACCAGAUCAUGAACGACGGCUCGGGCCGGCUGUUCAACCGGCCCGCCUCCUUCUUCGUCUUCAUGCGCGAUAAUUGUACCGCGGGGGAGACGUACUUCCCGGCUGUGGACGUGCUGGAUCGGGAUGCGGCAAGAGGUGGGAAUUUGGAGGCAAGUUUUAAGGGGAAGGUUAUGAGGGGGGAGAGGGAGGGGAAGAAGAGGGGGGUUAAGUUUAGGCCGAUUACGGGGAAUGCGGUGUUUUGGGUUAAUAUUGGGGAGGAUGGGAGGGGGGAUCGUAGGUUGGUGCAUGCGGGCUUGCCCGUGGGGGAAGGGGAGAAGAUUGGUUUGAAUAUUUGGCCGAGGAAGUUCUAUUUGGAUGAUAUAUAGCGGAAGGUCAAGGAGAGAAGUAGUAGAAGUGUUGUUGAUGAGUGAGAAGGAUAAGCGUACAAUUACCGUUCGAUUCUAGGUGUUGAAAUGCCAUCGUGGAUGCGUAUCACCGAGCUUGAGGUCCUCCUCGCUGUCAUGAAAGUCGCCCGUCUCAGGGUACGCAACGAGAUGCUCUUGCUUCCUCUUGUUCUCCUUUG